AUGGAAGGUUCUGAUGACGAGAGCGACAUUUUUAAAGAUGUAGACUUUUUACUCUGUUAUUUUUUACCGGAUGAUGAUGCAAAUGGUGUUUUAUCGCAAAGCCUUUUGAACAUUCCCACUCAGCAGCUUUUCAAGGUAGAAAAUGAGACCGAUCAUGCAAGAUUUGCAUCACCAGUGUCGGGAGCGGAUCUCAAAAUUAAGCAAGCUGCCGGGAUUCCGAAAAAGACUCGUCAAGCAAAUAAUUGGGCAGUCCGUUUAUGGACAGAUUGGGCUAGAUUCAGAAAUACAAGACCCGAGACACAUAUGGAAGGUGGUGUUAUUUCUGAGAAUAUAUGCUGUCUUUCAAAUGAAGCUUUGAACUUUUGGAUGCAACGAUUCAUAAUAGAAAUUCGCAGAAAGGAUGGAACGGCUUACCCCCCUAAUACGUUAACUCAGAUUGUAGCUGCAUUACAGCGGUAUUUAAGGAGUAAUUGUUAUGACAGACAAUUUAAUUUUUUUAAAGACGACGAUCUUGUUUUUCGGGAUUUUAGAAAAACUCUGGAUUCACAUAUGAAAAGCCUGACUAGUCAAGGUAUCGGUGUAAAUAAGAAGAGGUGUGAUCCCGUCACAGAAAAAGAUGAAAUGAGGAUGUGGGAGACAGGAGUAUUUUCCUUAGAAACCGCGUCAAGAUUGAGUAAUGCAAUUUUUUUCUAUAACGGUAAAUGUUUCGCAUUCCGUGGAAUGAGUGAUCAUAAACAAUGUGACGCAGACCAGUUUGAAAUCGGAUUCGAUCAUGAAAAUUCUCGUAAGUACGUUAAAUAUACUCCAAGGGUAACAAAAAAUGUGCAGGGUGGCUUAAAGCAUCGGAGAAUUGAAUCUGUGGUUCUUUCUAUGCCAAAAUGA